AUGCCCUUCUCCUUCAGCAGUAGCAUCAGCAAUGGAGUGGGCUCCAGUGGCGGUCAGGACGCUCGGUAUCCGGCUAACACGGGCCCAUCCUCAGCCACUGCGUCGUCGUACGGCAUUGAACGCCCCAGUACGACAGAGCUCAAUGACAGCGUCAUUGAACGGCUCAGCGAGUUGGCGACGGCAGCGCUCAACUCGCCGGAUAAAGAAACGCGCGACGGUGCGGCUCAGCAACUCCUUUUCCUCAGCAGCUACGAGUACUGGGACACGCUCCGGGCCCUCUUGCCACGUGCGCAGAAUAAUUAUUUGCGCUUUAUCGUGGUGAAAGGUCUGCUGUUCCUUGUGAGCAACGAGUUGGGUCCACAGGAACGGACGGAGAUGCAGCAGUACGUGCUUGAGUAUCUCCAAGAACGCCGCCGCAGCGGCGAGCAGCUGCCUUUCUAUCUGUACAACGCACUUUUUUCCGUCUAUGCAUCGGCCCUGUUCAGCAACUGGAAGAUUUCCAUCAUUCGUGCGGAGUCGGCAGAAAUGGUGGACUCGAGCGAGAUGGCGCAUAACAUUCUCGCAAAGCUUCAGACGUACCUCACGACAGAGGAGACGCUGGACUGCGUGCUGGAAAUCCUCACCUUCUUUGCGCGGCAGAACUCGCGGCUCAGCAUCUUGUCCGUGAAGAGCAGCUUUGCGAAGCAGGUGCUGCCCUUCUUUUUCAGCGCGGCAGCAAGCAUGUUGUCGAGCGCGCCGGAGAAGGCGGCGCUUGUGUGCAGCACGGCCCUCGAGUGCGCACCCGAGUUGGAUGCGCCGAUGGUGCGGCUGCACCACCCCUCUGACACCACCAUCACGGUUCUGCGGUGGCCGGCGUGGGCCCCGGCGCUGUCGCAGGUGAUGAACGAGUGCGGCCAGGCGCUUCUCAAUCAUCCAGAGGGUCCGUGCGCAGCGCUAUACUCGCGCCUGCUGCGCCAGUGCUCCACCGUUACGAGUCCGCAGGAGGAGUACAUCGCCAGUCGCGACGAUGUGGCAAACGUGCUGCUGGACGUGUCAGGCCGACUUGUGUUGAAGGUGCAGGAGAACCCCGGUAGGACAGAGCUGCUCCGUUUGGCUUGUGCGCUACUGGUAAACACGUUUGAGCGCAACGACGAGACUACCGUGGCAUACCUGGCGCGCGACCCUGGCGUGAUACGCGUCUGGGCAGAUGCGACACGCUACGUCCUCAGCCGACCGUUUGAUGACGAGGAGGCCGACCUACGUCAGGCGCUGCUGCAUCUCUUCUUCAUGAUCGCAGAGCGCAUGCUGCCACCAAAGCCGCGCGGUGGCCGCAGCCUCGAGGAGUCGUUCACUGGGCACUACGGCGCAUGCACGCCUCCGCGAACGCGAGAGGGCGGCUUGGCGGAGCCUGGCUUCUCUGCCGAGCGCUUGGGUCGCCAACCGCACCCGUUACCGGUCGGGGCCCCUCGAGGGCCACUCUCUAGCGAACACACCCGGGAGGUGGAGCAGCAGGUGAUCGACAUUUUCAGCACGUACGUCGAUCUCGUCAUCAAUACGGCACAUGAGCGAGAGGAGUCGCAGGAGCUGCGCAUGAGCUCCACCUUCGUACUCCAAGCGGAGCGGAUGCUGCAACCCAUUGCUGAGGUACUCUUCUGCGAGCGCAUCGACCUCCUGCCGCAGCUCGUUGACCGUCUGCAGCAGACUAUUCGCCAGUACGAGCUGUGCAUCCGCGCGCGUGGAGAGCAGCAGGCAGCUAUGCAUAGCGCCGCCGCCACGGGAGGUGACGGCGGUAUCGACUGUUUCGGCUUGAGCGCGCGGUCGCUGCUACAGGAGCUGUACAUGACACUGGCAGUGCAGAACAUGAGCGUGGGCGCGGCGCUUAGCUCUCCGGCGGAGACUACAGAGUCCACGCCGCUCUUUUUCACCUACGUGUGCCUCUCCCGCCUUUCCGUGAUCGUUUCCAUCUUUGCCAUCGCGCUGCUGCAGGGAACGGCGAAUCAGGAUGACUCCGUUCUCGGCGCCAUCGCAGCCUUUGCGUGUCAGCUAUUGGUGCAGGAGGAUCAGGUGACGGCGAACCUGCUGCAGUGCUUGUCGUUGCUGGACGACGGCAACGACGACUUGAAUGACUUCGGUGGAACCACAGCACUGGCGAUGCCGACCUCUUCCGGCCACGCUGCUCAGGUGCACAUUGGCAUCCUGCGCUCCCUCUUCUUUUUCUGUAGCUGCGUCUACGAGACGAACCUUUCGCGUCGCGAGGAGUUUUACGACAUCACGGUAAACCUGCUGUGCUACGUGUACCGCUACCACAGCGAUCAGGUCGCGCUGGUGGGGGACGCGAACAUCCUGCUGACCCGCAUCGUGGAUUUUGGCUCCAGCGGCACGUUCUUCCUCGGCGCUGGGAAGCUGAUGGGCCUCAUUGAAGCAGUGAAGGAGGACGAGCUGCCUCUACUGCGGGCACCGUUGACACCACCGUUCGCGGCUGGCGCGCUACAGCUGCCGAGCGAGGUGGCGGAGGCGCGCCACGGCUUCCUCACUGCCUUCACCUUUUACGUGGAAACGCGCUACUACGCCGGCUUCCCCAUUGCAGACGUCAUCAGCGCCCUGACGGAGCGCUGCUUCGACGACACCCGCAUGCGGGUGAGCCCACGCCUCAGCUUCCAGGACUUGAAGGCGAUUACAAAAGGCAUUCAUCAGCCUGACACGCUGCAGUUGAUGCUGGAGUCGAUCAUACGGCACAAAGAUGUUUGCUCGGCUGUCGUCCGCUACGAGACGGCGGUGGCGCCGGACAUGGUCGCAUGGUUGUCGGUGCUUUGUAGCCGCAGCGGCCAGUACAUGGACGAGGAGAACCUCUCCACAACGCAGUGGGAGCUGACAAGCCUUGUGAUGAACGUCCUGUGCUUCUACUUUAGCCACCUGUCCUACCCUUCAUCGCCCAUGACUACGAACAGCGACGGCACUCCAGCUUUUGGCGCGCCAUCAGGCGUCGACGGGGGUGUCGCACUCUCUGACAAUGUCGACUCGUCGUUUAUGAUGAACGGGGGCAGCGGGUCGACCUUCUUCUCCUUCCCGGCCGACGCGGUGGAGGCGGCCGUCGUGUACGACGUGUCCGAUAUUCUCAACACGUUCUGCUCGGCACCGUGGUGCAACCUCGGCAUCGUCCUCUAUUACGAGCGCGCCACCGUCGAGCAUUUUUUCUGCGGCGCUGUGGAGUUGCUCACGACGACCUCGGUGCAGCUGCUCAUGUCGGAAGAAGGCCGCGCACGUGUCUUCAACGCGAUGUCGGCUGCCGUCAACUCCUCUGGCCACACAUUUCAGCAGCUGCACCUGCUGUACAUGCGCCAAGGCGUAUGGAACCGGCUCGUGCGACAGCUGACGAAGUGCUUAAGCUACAUGUACGCCCCGGAGCUGAUUGACAUUCUCUACGCCAUCCUGCGCAGCGACCACGAGGCUCGACAGCGCGUGCCGCAUUAUAAGGGGUUAGAGGAGUACACUCUCGCCGCCACCUUCAACGAGAUUUGUACACUCGUGGCGGUGGCGCCGCACUUGACGUAUCGAGAAAUGGCGGCGUGCUUUGGGCUGCUGCAGAUGUGCUACGACAGCGCCAAGAUGUUGUGCGGCGAGUACGCAGACCGACUGCUGGAUCUCUGCUCCGCCUACCAUCGGGUGCGUCUGCGACUCAUCAUCAACUCCCUUCGCCGCGGCGACGGUACUCACCUGAUGACGGAGUACAUGACAUACUUUGGUCAGUCGUCCAAUGUCGGGGUGCUGACGGCGUGGUAG